AUGAGCAUAUUAUCAGAAAUUCUUGCGACGGGCCAUGUAGAUAAAGAGUUAUUAGAUGCUCUCGAUGAUGAGCAGAAACAACUUCUUUUCUGUCAAAUGCGGGCGGAACAGGUACGGAAAUGGGAAGCUUUUGAAGAAAGAAUGAAAGGUCCUCCAAAAAGAGACCCAAAUAAGAGAAGAUUACAAUGGAGGCAGGGAACUGACGGUGAUGUUUGGGUUUGGGUGAUGGGCGAGCAUCCUAGUGAUCCCAGCAUAGAGGAAAUCUUGGAGGAUGAGGCUCGACGCGAAGCUCACCAAAGAGCUAUUAGGGAACUCACUUUACCGACUUCAAACGAUCACUUUACUGCCAUCCCACAGGAAGAAGCGUUGAAAGCUCAGUUAGGGAACAUGCGUGUCGGCGUAACGGACUCCAUGUAUGAAAAUGCGGAUAAUGCUUUCGAUUCGAACUAUCCUAUGCUUUUCCAACCUCCCCAUCUCCGAGCAAAUGGAAAUGAUCCUAAUCAACCCAUCGUUACAAAAGUUUCGUCGUAUAACACACCACAACCACAGAGGGCUGAAGUUCGACCUGCAAGACCAUCGAUUCCUCCUAAGCCACAGACGCCUAAUCAAAAUACACAAUAUGAGUUGAUCGGUGAUAACAACGUGAUAGAUGUGAAGUUCCGCAAUAACAAUCCAAGUGCUUCCAAGGAUGAAGACGUUCAGAAAAGAGAGUCGGAAAUCUUCCAGAGCAUACAGGAGAAACGAGAGCGCAUUAACCGGGAAGCAGAAGCUGAAGCUCAACGACAGCGUAUGGAAUGGGAACUACAAAAUAAACGAGCUAGAGAAGCCGAAGCAGCUAUGCGUGAAAUGGCGCAGAAAGCUCGUGAGCAGCAUCAACUCUUGAUAAGAACAUCAACUUCAAUAUUGCCGGCGUUAAAAGAUACCAAAGCUACUUCACUCCGUGAAGCGAUACGGAAUUUGCCAAGACCGCCGAAACCAAAAUCGAGACAAGCUAUUGUCACGUGGUUCCGCGGAACCGAGUUACCUAAAGGCACUGGAAUGGAUCCUAAAACUAAAGCUCCUGCACCUUGGUUUCAUGGUAUAAUCACCAGAGAUCAAGCAGAAGUUCUGCUUCUUGAUAAACCUACUGGUUCUUUCCUAGUGCGAGUCUCCGAAAGGAUAUGGGGCUAUACUGUUUCCUAUGUUGUCGGUGAUGGAACGUUCAAACACUUCCUUGUAGAACGUAUUCCUGAAGGUUAUCAGUUCCUUGGAACGAAUCAGGUUGUUCAUGAACACCUGUUUGAUCUAGUCUCUUAUCAUGAAUCAGCACCUAUAACGGGAAAAGGUGGAGAAAUAUUGAAAUGGGCUGUUGGUCAAGGGAAAACAUAUCCUCCCGAUUAUUAUGAUCUCUUACCCGAGCAAUCCGCGCAAAAUCGGUAUGUGGGUCGUUUCUGA